AUGGAGAGCAAGUACUUCUACUUCGACCUCGACUAUUAUGGGGUGGGCUUCUAUGAGGAAGAAAUAAUGCCCGAAUCUCAGCAGAGGGCGGCUGCGGCAGCAUCCCGUUUCCGCUUUGGGAGAGGGGUACGAGUCCUGCAUGAGCUAGGCCUUGAUGACCCCAUGAGCUCUAAAUACAACCACAACCAUGACUACAACCACGAAACAAAGAAGGAAAAGCAAGCCAAACCCAAAGAAGCCCGAUGGGGGAAGCUUGAGGGGCCUGGAAAAGCAGCUGGAGAAGUUUCUUCUCGCCCCAACCGGAGGAGAGUAAAACACCUCAAGUUCACCAAAGGACAACUGUGUGAACUGGACAAAGUUUUCCAAAAAACCCAUUAUCCUAAUGCAUCCCAAAGAAAGGCGCUUGCCAAGCUCAUUCAUGUGGACGAGAAGAGGGUGAAGGCUUGGUUUAAAAAUAAGAGAUCUAAGUACAAGAUAAAAAAGGACACACCUGGUACCCUGAGCAACGCUGUCCCUGAGAUGAAGGAAGAUCCCAAGAGUGCCUGUGUUCCUGAGGAGCCAAACAGGUUCAUCCUGUACAAGCAACAUCCUGGCCAAUUCUGCUGGUCAUGA